AUGGAUUCCGAUAUGGACUUUGAUGAUGAUGGCCCACCUAUGCUCGUCGCUGCCGACCAGCCAGACGACACUGAAAACCUCUCUACUGAAGUUGAUGACAUGAGCUUGACCCGAGUUCCCAUCACCAUCAUUACUGGUAGGCAGCUUCAGUCUCACCAGACUUCGCUCGAUCUUCAUACAUGUGUUAGUGAGCCUAACGUCAUGUANGGCUAUCUGGGUGCCGGCAAGACCACUCUGAUGAACUAUAUCCUAAAUGAACGCCAUGGAAAGAAAAUCGCCGUAAUUCUGAACGGUAUGUCUGAACGCAUCUAUGUUGCUCCUUCAGGACUAAGACCCUGA